AUGGAUAUCAGCUCCAGGGACCGCGCAGAAGCCCUGCUGCUCAAGGCAGCCCGCGCGCACGGCAUCCCCGUUGCAAAGGACGACGUGUACAACGCCCUGGCCGACACGGCCUUUGUCGAGUGGGCGAAUCUGCAUCUCGCGACCGAUCAUCUUCUCACGGGUGAUGAGCUGGCACUGUAUACCGCCCUAGACAAGAGCGGACAGGUCGAUCGCUUGGCCGAUCUGCAUGACCUGGGUGAGGUGCAGGCGGUCAAUGAGGAGGACAUUCGUGCUGCGAUCGAGGAGUUGAAUCGGUCUACGGUGACGAUCUCCAAGCAGACGGAGACGUUACGACAGCAGCAGGAUGCCCUUGCACGUCUUGUUGGGAAGCGGGCUGAGGCAGAAAGUCAGCGUAAAGAUCUUGAAGAAGAGCGUCUGAAUAAGACGAAGCAUUCUUUGAAGAAGUUGAUCUUUGAGGUCGAUGGCGAGGCACAGAGUUUGGAGUAUCGUGUCGCAGAUCUGGAGCAAAUUGCUAAGGACUCACGCUCCAAUCUUAAGAAGACCACCGAUACCGUCUUUCAAUCUGAUGAUAAGUUGUUAUCCAGCCUACAGAAACUCGGCUGGGAACUUGAACAGCAGGACCCGGAGGAAGAGAAAACCAUCGAGAAGUUGCGAGAGACAUCCAUGAGAUUAAUCAAGACGACUGUUGAAACGCUACGAACAAGACUAGAUAGAAUCUAUAUUGAGGCUAUCCUUGCAGCGGAACGGUCAGGCGAUGUCAAGUCUGCUACUCAAGAGGACGUCAAAGCUCUCGAGGAGGAGCUUGAGUCUCUUUACUCGGAGAUUUUACCUGUCGCUCAGAUGUCAACUGAGCAACAGCACCUGGAACCAGCCUUGAAGUCAAAGGAGUCUCAAAGCGGGCAAAGCUUGCAUCGCUCAGCUGUUGCGGUUUCUUAUGUCAACGAAUGUCUUGAUUACCUCGUGGAAAGGAUAAGCCUCCUCACGGAACGUGUGGAGACUCUCAAAUCGCACAACGCUGCGGCAUCUUCCAUCAUUGCUACCGCCAAAGCUGAAGUAUCCGCUUCGCUCUCCCCCGAGAAGAAAAAGUCUAUCAGAGCUGCUAUGCCGGCAUCCCCUAUCCGCAACCCAUCACCCAUCCGCAUGCGUGCAAACACUGAUGAUAACCGCCGCGGCAACAACAAUAAUAGACGUCGCUCGUCAGGUAUCCUCGACGAGCCUGCUAUUGAAGCGCUUCUGCGCGACCUCGCUCUCUCCUUGCCGGACUCCGAGGAAGCAUCUAUCCAAGACCAAGUCGCUGCUCUUAGCCAGGCCUUUACCGAGCGUUCUGGAAAGACAACAGACGUGGUACGUAAUGCGCAGGAUAAUUUCGAAGCUAGCGUCACAUCUCGUCUUGAUGAUGCUCGCUUGGCCAUUCAGCUCCUGCGCGAUAGUGUACUUGCCGAAAGCCCGUAUGGAGAGAUCAAGCUUGUUGAUCCAGAAUUUGAGGGAUCGAUACAAGUGCUUGCUCAAGAGGUGAAUAUGGUUAAGGAGAAGUUGGAUGGUGUUGCGGGGAAGAAGGCUUUGGCUAAGAGUGUGAAAAAAGACGAGUUUGUGCAACGGUGGGCCACAUAG